AUCAUUUUGGAAUGUGAAAGCUAAACAAACACUGAAGAUUGCUUUGGAAAUCCAACCAUUGAAACAUAGAGCGAAAAAUGUUAUAUUGUUUCUUGGCGAUGGAAUGGGAGUAUCCACAGUGACAGCUACCCGAAUUCUGAAAGGACAACUCCAAGGAAACCCUGGAGAAGAAACCAUUCUAGCAAUGGAGUCCUUCCCACAUCUUGGUCUCUCCAAGACAUACAAUGUUGAUCAUCAAGCUUCUGAUAGUGCAGGGACAGCCACUGCUUACCUUUGUGGAGUGAAAGCAAACUAUGGAACCAUUGGACUGAGUGCAGCUGCCAGACGAGGACAAUGUCGUACAACUUUUGGCAAUGAGGUCAUGUCAGUACUUAAGAGGGCAAAAGAUGCAGGAAAGUCAGUUGGCAUUGUGACAACCACUCGGGUUCAACAUGCUUCUCCAGCUGGUACCUAUGCCCAUGUUGCAGACAGAAAUUGGUACAGUGAUGCCAAUUUGCCAGCUGAUGCAAUUAAGGAUGGUUGCAAAGACAUUGCUUUUCAGCUCAUAAAUAAUGUAGAAAUUGAUGUCAUACUUGGAGGAGGAAGAACGUACAUGACUCCAGAAGGAACUCCUGACCCUGAAUAUCCAAGUAUUAAAGCACAAAAUGGCAUUCGAAAAGAUAAAGAAAAUCUGAUUACCAAAUGGCUCAAUGGCAGAAAAGACGCAAACUAUGUGUGGAAUAAAAAGCAAUUUGAUGCCAUUGAUGUGAAGAAAACCAAGUAUUUGAUGGGUUUGUUUGAACCCAAGGAUAUGAAAUUUGAGUUAAACCGAAAUAAGACUAUGGAUCCUUCAAUUGUUGAAAUGACUGAUAAAGCCAUUAGAAUUCUUCGUAAUAACCCCAAAGGAUUUUUCCUGUUUGUUGAAGAUAAUGGGAGAAUUGAUCAUGGACACCAUGAUGGAAAAGCGAUGCAAGCUUUAACUGAAGCAGUUAAAUUUGAUGAAGCUAUUGAGAGAGCCAGUCACCUGACAAGUGAUUUUGACACCCUCUCUGUAGUAACUGCAGAUCAUUCACAUAUGUUUGCCUUUGGUGGAAAAGCUCUUCGUGGCAAUUCAAUAUUUGGACUGGCACCUUCAUUGGCUAAGGACAAAAAGCCAUUUACAAGUAUCUUGUAUGGAAAUGGACCCGGCUAUGCAAUCAGUAAAGGCAGUCGACCAAACAUAACCUCAACUGACUAUAAGAGUAAGGAUUAUAGACAACAAGCUGCUGUUCCACUGUCAUCUGAAACUCAUGGAGCGGAAGAUGUGGCAAUUUUUUCUAAAGGUCCCAUGGCUUAUCUGUUCCACAAGAUACAUGAAGAGAGUUACAUUGCCCAUGUGAUUGCAUAUGCUGCUUGUCUUGAACCAUAUGCACAGUGCCCACCAAAUCCCAGGACCAACAGUGGAUCUUCAAUCCAGCCUCUGAGCUUUCUCAGUGUUUUACUAGUGACACUUUUAUUUGCUCAAGUAUUAAAUAAUCUUUAA